CUGCUAGUAGCUCCAUUUACAAUCUUUUUUGCUUCAAAAUGGCUUCGAGAAACCAGAACAAGCCCCCUAUCAGCAACGUGCUUCCUCCUCGUAGUUCCUCAAAUAGGAAAUAUAACCUUGAUGAAGUCCCAAUAGACAAACGUCGUAAGAUUGGAUCUGGAAAGACGGCGGCACCGGCCAACAGUGGUCGCACGCGUCAGGUCUUCUCUAUAGUGAAUGAAGGUCAAGAUCUUGCUACAGUCUGCGAUCCGGCUAGUACUGCUGGCUCUCAGUGCAUUGAGUUCACCUUAGAGGAUGCAAAAGCACUUCUCAAUGAGAAGAAAGGGAAGACGAAAUUUGAUUACAAGGCAAAUAGGGAACACACGACUGAGUGUCUCAAAAAACUCCGGCUCUGCAUCAAAUGGUUCCUAGAACGUGAGGAUUGCCAUGUCCUUGAACAGGAGAAGCUUAAGAAUAUGGUAGCAUGUGCUGAGAAUGAGCGUACUGAACUUGAGAUGCAAAUGAAAAGCAAGGAAGAAGAAUCAAAUAGUAUUAUUGCAGAAUUUAGGAAAAAUAAUGCUUCUUUAGAGGCCAGAUGUAUGAAGGAAGAGGCUGAUAAGUUGGCUGCUCUUGAUUCUCAAGGAAAAGAAAAGGAUGCUAGAGUUGCUGCUGAAAGUGCACAAGCUUCUCUUUCAAAAGAGCUCAGAAAAACUUGUGAAGAACUGUCCAGUGCUAAUAAGAAGAUAGUGUCUGUUGAUGAAAUGUACAAGCGAUUGCAAGAGUACAAUACAAGCUUACAGCAAUACAACAGCAAACUGCAGACAGAGGUUGCAUCAGCCAAUGAGACCCUUAAACGUGUAGAAAAGGAAAAAGCUGCAAUAGUAGAGAACCUCAGCACCUUAAGGGGUCACUAUAAUUCAUUACAGGAUCAAUUGGCUUCUUUCAGAGUUUCACAGGAACAUGGUAUUAAGCAAAAUGAAGCACUAAUGAAUGAAGUGGGUUGCCUCAGAGGUGAGCUCCAGCAAGUAAGAGAUGAUCGUGAUCGCCAAUUGUUACAGGUGCAGACAUUAUCAGAAGAGGUAGUGAAGUACCAAGAGAUUACAGGGAAGUCAACUGCUGAGUUGGAUAAGAUGAGCAUGAAAUCCAGUGCUUUGGAGGAUACAUGCUCUGCCCAGAGAGAGCAGAUAGGGAUGCUGCAGCACCGGUUAGCAGCUGCAAAUGAGAAACUGCAGAGAGCUGAUUUGUCAGCCUUGGAUAUGAGGACUGAAUUUGAAGAGCAAAAAAAAGUGGUUGAGGACUUAAAAAAUCGUCUGGCAGAAUCAGAACUUCAAAUUAUUGAAGCAGAAAAGCUACGUAAAAAGUUGCACAACACCAUAUUGGAGUUAAAAGGGAAUAUCAGGGUCUUCUGCAGAGUUCGGCCCUUGUUGCCAGAUGAUGGUGCAGGAUCUGAAAUGACAGUUAUUUCUUAUCCUACUUCAACGGAAGCCCUUGGAAGGGGCAUUGACUUAGUGCAAAGUGGGCAAAAACACCCCUUCACAUUUGAUCAAGUAUUCACUCACGAGGCAUCACAGGAGAAUGUUUUUGUGGAAAUUUCACAGCUGGUGCAAAGUGCCCUUGAUGGCUAUAAGGUUUGCAUUUUUGCCUAUGGUCAGACUGGUUCUGGCAAGACCUAUACCAUGAUGGGAAAACCAGAAGCUCCAGAGCAGAAAGGGCUGAUUCCUCGAUCCUUGGAACAGAUAUUUCAAACUAGCCAGUCACUUCUAAACCAAGGAUGGAAAUACAAAAUGCAGGCCUCAAUGUUGGAGAUAUACAAUGAGACAAUCCGUGAUUUGCUUUCAGCAAAUCGAUCCAGUGGUCUAGACAGUUCAAGGACGGACAAUGGUGUAGCUGGAAAGCAGUAUGCAAUUAGACAUGAUGCAAAUGGCAACACACAUGUCUCUGAUCUCACAAUUGUGGAUGUCUGUGGCAUCAAAGAGGUAUCCUCUCUGCUACGGCAGGCGGCACAAAGCAGGUCCGUGGGCAAGACCCAAAUGAAUGAACAGUCUUCAAGAAGUCAUUUUGUCUUCACCUUGCGGAUCUCUGGUGUUAAUGAGAGUACGGAACAACAAGUUCAGGGUGUACUCAACCUUAUCGACCUUGCUGGUAGUGAAAGACUUGCUAAGAGUGGAUCAACUGGGGAUCGGCUCAAAGAAACUCAGGCCAUCAACAAAAGUUUAUCACACUUAAGUGAUGUCAUAAAUUCACUUGCUAAGAAAGAGGACCAUGUACCUUUCAGAAAUUCAAAGCUUACUCAUCUUCUUCAGCCUUGCUUAGGUGGGGAUUCCAAGACCAUGAUGUUUGUCAACAUCUCACCUGACCCAUCAUCUGUGGGAGAGUCGCUUUGUUCUCUUCGGUUUGCUGCUAGAGUUAAUGCCUGUGAGAUUGGGAUUCCCCGACGUGAGACUACCAUGCGACCUCUAGAUUCUCGGUUGAGUUAUGGUUGAAGGUGAUUUUGGUUCUUUAUGGGGGUGAACAUUAAUUAUUGUGGGUGAAAAACAAAAGGUCUUCUAACUGAUUGUAAUCUGUAUAGUGAAGUAGUAAGUUUGUAACAGUGAAUGCGAAAGUUUCUUGUUGGAGUUAGCACAUUUGUAUU